UUUCUUUCAGCCUGAUAAGCUUCCGCCUUACAAGCUUCACUUAUUGCCCUAAGAUAUCAGGCCCAGCACGUCACAGUAAAGCUUCCCAUCGUGCUGUUGGCGACAUAUUCACCCCGUUAACACGAUCCAUUUUGGUACGUAGCAGCAUACCAGCUAGCUUGCUAUAUCACCUACGCAGGAAUCCCAGAAGCUAGGUGAAUAUACCUGUUGCACCACAUCGGCCAUCUCCUUUUCAACGUUCGCGGAAGAACGAAACCACACCUGAUGGCCAACUCUGACUUCAAUCUUCCUCUGCAGCAAAGCGCCUACUUGCUGCCGCAUCCUCCAGGUCCCCACGUUGCAGGCCCAGAAACCACCGUACCACCAGUCUUCCAGCCGAGUUUCGUCCCCUAUGCACCCGUGACGUACGAUGUCAGCGGAUACCAUCCUUGGUAUCCAAAUCAAUAUCCUCCUCAAUAUCCUGAUAACAACCGAGGCAUGGCUGGGUCUUUCCAUCACAACCACAAUCGACUGCCACAAUAUCCGUUACUAUCUCCGCACAGCUAUGGUGGACAUCAUGCCUAUCCACCUUCCGCCGAUAUGUUCUCGCACAAUUCGAGUACCACAGCGCCCAAUUCCUUUCAAGGCGUACAGUUACCUGGAAGUUCUCCCACAGAGGCAUCAGAUAAUCGUAGCCCAUCGAAUCUGCCCUCUGUGGACUCGUUGAUGUCCACUGGACGUCAAAACUACCCCUUUCAAAGCUAUCCUCAAGUUCCCGGGCCCCCAUAUCAGGGAUACAGUCCUUUCGCAAAUCGAAGAUCUGGCCCAGUCCUUCCAUCGCCCUCAGUACCUCAUUUAGAUCGCGUUGGCGAAAGCGGCACAUCGCCCGGUCCAAUGCGAGGACACAUGAGAGGAGGUGGAGGCUCUAUGAACUCGCAGCACGGUCAUCAUCUUCCAUCACCGCCUCGGCGACCGUCGUACGAACGAUCUCACCAGGGACAGAGCACGGAUCGACGCUCUCCUAUGUUUCUAGCCCAUAAUCAUCGCUCUGACCGCAGUACAUCCCCCAGAACUUCACAUAGGCGCAACUUCGAUCGAUACUCCACCGACCUGCAUCCAUCAAACAAUCUUGCCGAGACUGACGAUGCUACGGCUCGUGCACGGUUGAUGCAACGGCGCCAGCGAGAGCGAGAGCGACGUUUCGCACGACACCAUUUCGUUGUUGACAGCAUAACUCCAUCGAUGACCCAGAUGCAGGUUUUGAAGGACAAGCUCCGGCAUUUCCUACCCAGUGAACUUCCCGAGGGAUCGUCAGCGUGUUGCGACAUAUGCCAGAAGGACUACUCAACCAAACACUGCUUGCCAACUGAGGAUGAUGAGGUAGCCAUUCAACUACCUUGCAAACACGUAUUCGGCGAGCAUUGCAUUAACACAUGGUUUGAAACAUGCAAGACGCACAAGAACAAGAUCACGUGUCCCAUGUGCCGCAAGCUCUUGAUCGAGCCAGCGCGAGUUCCCUCGGCUACCUUUGUCGCAGCGAUCCCGGAGGUAUUUUCGUUGUUUGCCCGCAAUGGUCCAGCGGAACAGUCAGCACUUCUUCGUCUCUCUAGGAACUUGGGGCCGGACGACGAACUCUAAGCUCUUUCAUAGCGGGCACCUUGCCAGGCGGAUGUAAUUUUAAUCGGCACAAAUUGGUGAUGGACUGGGACUUCGCAUUUGCGCAGCAUACAUACAUACACAUCCACACGCACAUACAUACAUAUUCCGCCCAAGGAGAGCGCUCCUUCUGGCAUUGCGUACGAAGCGAAAUCAGGACUAUAAUCCAUCCCUGAUUUCGUCACUCGGAAGCAGUGCCAUUCUCGAUACGAUUUGCGACAGCAUCUGGCGCUACUUGCGCUGUAUCAAUUUUGCUUUGGAGUUUUUGGGACCAAACCAUGGGCGCAAGGGUAGUUGAGGCUUGUAAUGAGGAUCACGGACGCGAAUGAAUCAUGGGUAUUGUAUGGUAAUAUUAGAUGGUUAAUACGAAG